CCGCAUGCAAUGAAAACAGUACGGUUCAAUAAACAGGCACUAGCCAUUCUUGCUGCCUGUUUCAUAUUUCUUCUAUGCGUCGUUUGCUACUUUUCUGCAUCUUCGGAAUCUCAUAAUGCAGUAGUUGUUGGUGAAAGAGCACGUGGUCAUAUUGCAGUGCGAGAUGUUGAGAAUCGACAUUUAGCAGAAGAAAAACAUGCUGUAAUUCAUGCAAAGACGGUUGGAAAAAUUGAACGGGUUGUUAGCCAGGAGAAAGUCGAGAUUUUGAGACCUGCUAGGGUUGAGUCCAAACCUCCAGGUGAGAAAACCAGCACAGAACCAGAAGAAACUGGAGUUGGGAAAGCUCCGAUUCAGACAUCAGAAGGAUUGGAGAAGCUUAUUGGAAAGAUUCAUUAUGAAAAUAAAGAUGAAGAAAAUGAUCUCCGUCGUCAAAAAGUAAAAGAAAUGAUGAUUCAUGCUUGGGAAGGAUACAAAAACUACUCGUGGGGAGCAAAUGAAUUAAGGCCAAUGUCCAAAAAACCAAAUUCCCAAAACAUUUUUGGAGGAAGUCAGAUGCCUGCAACAAUUGUUGAUGCAGCUGAUACAUUGUUUAUUAUGGAUUUGAAAGAUAAAUAUAAGGAAGCUAGAGAUUACAUUGAAAACAACUUCUCAAUGGCCAAGUCUACGUCAACACUUUCAGUUUUCGAGACGACUAUUCGCUUUUUGGGAGGUCUUCUUUCGUUGUAUGCUUUGACGCAGGAGUCAUUUUAUAUUGAAAAAGCUAGGGAAGUUGGAGAAGCUUUACUUCCAGCUUUCAAUACACCAUCUGGAAUUCCAAAAAGUAAUUUGGAUGUAGCAUCAAAACAUGCAAGUAACUAUGGAUGGGCUAAUGGAGGACAAUCAAUUCUUUCCGAAAUUGGAAGUCUUCAUCUUGAAUUCCUGUAUCUCAGUAGAAUUUCCAAUGCUCCAAUUUUUGAGAAGAAAGUGAAGAAAGUGAGAGAUGCUCUUGAAAAAGCUGAAAAACCUAAUGGACUCUACUCAAACUACAUUAAUCCGGAUACAGGAAAAUUCACAGGAAGUCAUAUGUCCCUUGGAGCACUUGGUGAUUCAUUUUAUGAAUAUCUUAUCAAGAGUUAUGUUCAAUCAAAUUAUACUGAUACGCAAGCUAAGAAUAUGUAUUGGGACGUCAGUGAUGCUAUUCAGAAACACAUGAUUAAAGUUUCCAAACAAUCAAAUCUUACAUACACAGUUGAGUUGAACAAUGGUCAAGCUCAACAUAAAAUGGGACAUCUCGCUUGUUUUGUACCUGGAAUGUUUGCUCUACAAGCCAUCAACGAGGAUACUGAAGAAGAGAAAUUAAGAAUUAUGACAUUGGCGGAAGAGUUGGCGAAAACCUGCCAUGAAAGCUAUAUUCGUUCCGAGACCCACAUUGGACCUGAAAUGUUCUACUUCAAUGAACGUGACGAAGCAACCAGUAAACACUCGGAAAAUGGAUAUAUUCAAAGACCAGAAGUCAUUGAAGGAUGGUUCUAUUUAUGGAGAUUAACUGGAAAAACAAUGUAUAGAGAUUGGGUAUGGGAUGCUGUUCAAGCUAUUGAGAAGUACUGUAGAGUUGAUAGUGGAUUUACUGGUCUACAAAAUGUUUAUAAUCCUAAAGCUGGCCGUGAGGACGUGAUGCAAUCCUUCUUCCUUGCCGAGUUUCUGAAGUAUGCCUAUUUGACGUUUGCAGACGAAUCACUGAUUUCACUCGAUAAAUGGGUAUUUAAUACCGAAGCUCACCCGGUUCCAGUCUUAACUAAUUAGAAUUUAAUUUUUAUUAUCUUUUUUUUGAACAACUGUGAUUUAUGGUUUGAUUGUAUUUAGAACUCACGAGGUUUUUAUUGAAACUUGUUUUUUAUCUUCCGAACCAAUUCCGCUGUUUUUUGGCUUUUCUUCCCCCCAUUUGACCACGGGUUUACCGGUGUCUUGCUUUAUAGGUCAACCGUUGUUUUUGUUUUUAUAACUGGUUCAUAUUGAUUCUAGCAAUUAAGAUAAAUGUUUUUGAC